AUGGAGAAGGCAGCUACAGCGGUGCAAAGCCCCGGGGACAACGUGUCAGCGGCCGCGGCUACAGCUAGCAGCAGCGGUGGAGGCAGUAACAGUAGCAGCCGGAGUAGUAGUCGCCCCACGUCAGCGGGCUCCUCGCCUUCCUCUUCUACCAGUCGGGGUCUCUCGGGCCGGCAAGCAGGAGCGGUGGCCGCAGCAGUGGCCGCGAGGCCGGAUGGAGGAAGCAGCAGCAGCCCCAGUUCAACUGCGGCCAGUCCAGGAGGGGGCUGUGGCGGCGGUGCUCCCGGGGGACUGGCGGCUGGCAGGAGAACGGAGGCAGUUCUGGAGGGGACUUUGAGCAAAUAUACCAACCUCAUCCAAGGUUGGCAAAGCAGGUAUUUUAUACUGGACUUUGAGACUGGAAUUCUACAGUACUUUGUAAAUGAGCAGAGUAAAAACCAGAAGCCUCGAGGAAUCUUAUCUUUAGCUGGGGCUAUAGUUUCUCUCAGUGAUGAAGCGCCAAACAUGUUGGUGGUCUAUUCUGCUAAUGGAGAAAUGUAUAAACUGAGAGCUGGUGAUACAAAGGAGAGACAGUACUGGGUAACUCAACUUCGAUCUUGUGCCAAGUACCACACAGAAAAUAAUGUGAAGAGCACUCUGACCUCACGAGCAAAAAGCUUGACUUUGUUGCCCCUUGGAACAGCUAGCUCCACAUCUCUCAAUUCUCAAAAAAUUGUAAAUCAGAGUGGGCCUCCAGUUGUCACUAUAACACAUCACAAAUCUCCUGUGGUAGCCCGAAAAACCAAACCUGAGUAUCCCCACCAGCUUCAUGGAGUCAGAGAAAUUAUGGCCCAAGUGGAAGGACAGCAGAAGAACUUAGUGCAAGGCAUUGAAUCCCUUCCAGGUUCUGGUCCUCUUUCUGCCUUUGACCAAGACUUGCUGCUUUUAAAAGCUACCUCUGCUGCUGCUCUCAGUUGCCUGGGAGAAUGCCUGCAUUUGCUUCAACAGAGUAUAAGCCAAGUGAGCGCACCUCGGAACAGGACAUUACCUUCAGAAAAUAUCCUAGUAUGGCAUGGAUCAAAGUCAAAUUCUACAGAGAUACUGAAAAGCAGUGCCCUUGCUUCUUUAACAACAGCGAGUGCCAGUCUAUCGUGGUCAGUCAUACCAUCUGUGAUACAAGAUGAAACUAUGCAAGCUCGAGUAGAGCAUACAACCCGUGAAGUGAUUCUGGUUGAAGAUGAGGUGACAGAUACCGAAGACAAUGAAGAGGACGAUCUAGGAGACCUGGAUGAUCAGCGUAGUAUAAUCCUUCAUAUUAUCUCACAAUUGAAACUUGGGAUGGAUCUAACCAGAGUAGUGCUUCCAGCCUUUAUUUUAGAGAAGAGGUCUCUGCUGGAGAUGUUUGCAAACUUCUUGGCCCAUCCAGACUUGUUUUUAUCAGUUUCAUGUGGAACCACUCCUGAGGAAAGAAUCAUCUCCUUCGUGGAGUACUAUUUGACAGCUUUUUAUGAAGGCCGAAAAGGAGUUGUUGCCAAGAAGCCAUAUAACCCAAUAAUUGGAGAAACGUUUCAUUGCUCUUGGAAUGUGCCUAGGGACAAAGUAAAACCAGUGAGAACAAACACUGCCUCUUGUGGUCUCAAGGGGCAAGCUUCAUCUGAAUGUUAUAGGCUGAAAUUUGUAGCUGAACAAGUGUCCCAUCAUCCACCAGUAACUAGUUUUUACUGCGAGUGCAAAGAGAAGAAAGUGUGUGUGAAUGUGCACGUAUGGACUAAAAGCAAAUUCAUGGGGAUGUCUGUAGGUGUUUCUAUGGUAGGUGAAGGCAUUCUUUAUCUCUUGGAACAUGGGGAGGAAUAUAUAUUCACAUUACCUUGUGCCUAUGCGCGUUCUAUACUUACUAUUCCUUGGGUGGAGCUUGGAGGCAAAGUCAAUAUUCAAUGUGCCAAGAGUGGUUACUCUGCUUCGGUCACAUUCCACACUAAGCCAUUCUAUGGAGGAAAACUACACAGGGUUACAGCAGAAGUGAAGCAUAAUCCAACCAAUACCAUAGUGUGUAAAGCACAAGGAGAGUGGAAUGGCAUUCUGGAAUUCACAUAUAACAGUGGUGAAACCAAAAUAAUUGAUACCACCAAAUUACCCAUAAUCCGGAAGAAGAUCAGACCAAUAUCAAAACAAGGCCCAUUUGAAUCAAGGCAUUUAUGGCAACAUGUCACUGCUGCCCUGAAGGAAGGUGACAUUGAUGUGGCAACAGAACAAAAGCACUUCCUUGAGGAGAGGCAGCGAAAAGAGGAGAGACAACGAGCAGCUAGCAACACACUUUGGAAACCAAAAUAUUUUAUCAAAGAGGGCGAUGGGUGGAUGUACUUUAAUCCCCUCUGGAAGAGUCAUUGCUAAAUUCACCUGGAUUCAAAUGCCCAUUUUCUAAAGGCAUUAAAAAGAUGCAUUAUU